AUUAAAGCCCAUGUCCAUUUAUAUCACUAAUCUUUUAAGAAAAGCAUAAAAUAUUACCCAGAGUGAGCACGAUGCGUUACCUCGCUGGGGCAUCGGCAUUCGAUUUCUCUCCACCUCUGCUCUUUAGCCGCCGUAUCAGCCGCCGUGAACUCGGAGCCACUGGCCGGAGAUUGGUGAUGACUUCCGUCAACUCGCAAUCUCGUUUGAGGGAUUCCUGCGGAUGUGAUGACGGCAUCGUCACGGUAGAGGAGUGGCGGAGAUGGGGGCCCGUGUCUCCAUUUCCAGCAGCGGUCAAACAGAUUGUGGAUGAUCUGAAGGUUCUUGAGUGUAAACUGGAUGCACAGAUAGAGUUUGGUGGAAAUGGUGGCAAGUUACAGGGACCGUUUGGUGCAUAUGAAGAUAAGAAACAUAGGGCUACAUACGAAGCAUUAGACGACCCAGAGAAAAAGUUCCGGUUUUUCUCUGCUCGACAAAUUGCUUGUCGGCUGCUUGGGAGCAGAGGUUAUUUAUGCCAGAAGUGUUGGCUUGCUAUGGAGGAUUGCAUGUGUUCAUACGUCAAGCCAUGUGGCUUAUGGAAAAGGAUACGUUUUUGGCUGUACAUGCAUCCCAGGGAUUUUCUACGACAGAACAACACAGGGAAGUUGUUGUGGCAGAUAUUUGGCGUCCAAUCUGCAACACUCUGCAUCUUUGGAAUAGCUGAAGACGAAGAGAUCAUGUGGAAUGAAUUUGAGCGUGCAGGAAAAAGCCAAGUCUGCUGCCUCUAUCCCAACCAGAACUCGGAACUCACGUUGUCAGUUGAAAACGCUUUUGGUAAUACGACUUCAGAGGAUCCCGGAUCAUCAUCCAUGGAAGAUGAUGAUAAAACUCUGCAUUUCAUUUUGCUUGAUGGCACCUGGAACAAUUCAGCUGCAAUGCUCAAGCGUCUAAAGGAUCAUGCAAAGUCAGUAUGGGGAGAUGAAGAUCUUCCUUGCAUUUCUCUUGCAACAGGUGCAUCAGCAAUGCACAAACUCCGGCCCCAACCAUCAUGGGACCGGACUUGCACGGCCGCAGCAGCAAUCGGACUCCUAUCUGAGCUGAGCCUUCUCCCACAGUUAAGCAGCUACGGGUUAGACAAACAAGCCGACGCGGUUGAGGAAGCUUUGGUCAUACUACUGGACUCACUAACAGGACGACGCUUAAGAAUGGGCAGGUCCAUAACUCGUAAAGUGAGAAACACCAUCAGCAUUUGCUAACAACACAACCAGUCAGGAGGCGUAAUAGUUUAUCUUCAUAACUAUAGAAUCAAUGAUUAGGUUAUAAAGCAAAGAGAUGGAUUUCUGGGGCAAGUGGAUCUCCAUGGUUGAAGCAGAUACAUAAGUUUUGUAACUCUAUUCUUUGACAGUCCUCACGCCUCAUGAUAUGGUCAAGCAUCAAAAUUGAUCCAAUUUGCUUGGUUAUUAUUUGUUCAAUAGCCACUUUCACCGUACGUAUUCUCCAUGUUGUCACGUCACGUUCCGUGAGAUUGGCAUCUGUGAAGAAAGCAGUGAAAAUAAAGAAAUUGUAAACUUAUAUAAUAAUACGUUGCUACUCAAAUAAUGUGUUGUAAACAUUCGAUUGACAUUAUAAUUAUACAAAUAUGUUUUGUUGAUUCUCUCUUUUUCCUUAUAAUUAUAUUAAUACUAUUAUGAC